AUGGUGUGGUCUUGCUCCAAUCCCAAUGCAAAUUCUUCCUGCUCCUGCUUCUUCGAUGACUCCUCCGGUGAGGUUACUGUGGACUGUUCACGAGCAAGUAGUGGCGAAGAGAUCUUCUCGGCUUUCAAUAAUUACAUCUGGCUCUCCACUCUGCUCGUGAACUACGGUGGACAAAGGAGGUUCUUGAUGACAGGGAACUGGGCAGUGGAGGAGCUCGCAGCAGGGGUUUUCGGGAACGUCACCUUCGACCACAUAUUCAUUUGGGGCACCAACUUGGUCACCGUUGAUUCUUCGGCGGUGCUUUCGUCCAAGGAUCGACUCGAACAGCUUACGAUUGCCAACAGCCUCCUUGGAGAUUUCCCGUUUCAGAUCCUUCCUCAGAUGACCCAGUUAAGAGGACUCCAACUCGAUUCGAAUUUGUUGAAGUCAGUGCCAGCCCUCAAAAGCCAAAGUCUCCAGAAUCUGAGUCUUUCUCUCAAUCAAAUAGAGACACUCGAAUCCGGCUGGUCCGUGCCCAACUUGGAGAUACUGAACAUCAGUUACAAUCCGAUAUCGCAGUUUCCAUCCCGACUGGUCGAUGGCAUGGUGAAGUUGAAUUUUUUUUCUGCGUCUGGCUGCAAUGUGGGGCCGACUUUGUCAAGUGGAUCCCUGUCGUUCCAUAGUAACGCCUUGCAAUUGGUAUCCCUCGGAGGCAAUAAUAUCGCGAGACUGGAAGCUGGAGCUAUCACAGGUCUCGGGGUCAAUACGACUUUUCUUCUGCACGAGAACAAUAUCAAGGUGCUGACUGAAGACUCAUUUGAGCCCAUUUUCGAGACCCUCUCUCUCGGCAAUGGAAAAAUCCUCUUACUGGGAAACCCCAUCCAGUGCAACACUGGCAUGUCCUGGCUCUUGCUCCACCCAAACGCCGCGAUGAUCCUCAAGAAUGUGACGCACAGCCUGGAAUGCGCGAAAGGGACUUCGCUCUUGGACCUCCUCCUCCUUCGUUUUCUGAAUAAUGUCCUUCCGUUCCAGUGGGUGAAUUCCGUGGCUUGAGGGCUUCUUUCCGUUCUUCUCGCUUCGUGGGUGUGAAGAGUGAACCGCCAAAUCUCUGUCAACCUCCACCGUUUUCGCAUCAUAGCACUUUUUAUAAAGCAAAGGAAAUGAAUAUGAAGAUGGCUAUCACAAAGGGAGCGUUGAGUGCUGCGUCGCUGUUGGGCUAUGUUUGUCUUUAAUUUUUAUUGGGUACAAAUAAUGCCAUUAAAUCAUGGUUGUAUUCCCUUCCCU